AUGGCAGUUUCACCUCUCAUUGUUCCAUCUGCGGAAUCUGGCGAGAGAGGCGCAAGCAGAUCAAAGCUCUCGAGUGUUGUUCCUAGUGGUAAUGGGACUCCCUCCGAUCGGCCACCUGCAACUGCUAGCACAACCUAUGAUCUAGCAGAGCAGAUGAACGAAAAUGAAAGAUCUAAAUAUGUCAAAGGCAAAAAGCUUGGAGAGGGAACUUAUGCCAACGUCUACCUCGGCCAUCUCAGAACGAAUCCUAGUGUCCUCGUAGCAAUCAAAAAGAUCAAAAUACAAAAAGAAUAUACAGAAGGAAUGGCGCCCGAUGCCAUUCGCGAACUCAAGCACCUUCAAGAGAUCUCCCACCCGAAUAUAAUAUCCCUGCUCUCAGUAUUCUCUUCGAAAGAUCAAAAUCUUAAUCUCGUUCUCGAAUUCUUGCCUCUUGGGGAUCUGGAAAUGUUAAUCAAAGACGUUGAUGGCGUACGUUAUGGUGCGGCCGAUAUAAAAGCUUGGAUGGGAAUGCUCAGUCGAGCCGUCUGGUUCUGUCAUGAAAACUUCAUUUUACACCGUGAUAUCAAACCUAACAAUUUGUUAAUUGCCGCCGAUGGAGAAGUCAAACUUGCAGAUUUCGGUUUGGCGAGGAAUUUUGCCGAUCCUCAACGAACAAUGACAUCAAAUGUAAUAACACGCUGGUAUCGACCACCCGAGCUGUUGUUCGGCGCAAGACAUUAUUCGGGUGCCGUGGAUAUAUGGUCCGUUGGACUCGUGUUUGCCGAAAUGAUAUUGAGAAUUCCGUUUAUGGCAGGUGAUACUGAGGUUCAUCAAGUGUCCCUAAUCUGCCAAGCAGUCGGUACACCAACAGAAGACAACUGGCCGGGUGUAACAAAGCUGCCCGAGUACACUGUACCUGAGCCUCCGAACCCAUUAGUUCCACGGGAACAAUAUUUAGGCAUGUUUGGAGCUGCUGGAUCCGAGGGAGUCGACUUAUUGAUAAACAUGUUGACACUGGAUCCUAGGAAAAGAAUCAUGGCUAGGGCGGUGUUAGAACAUCCUUGGUGGGCAUCGGAUCCUAAACCUACAAAAAAUGCAGAUCUACCAAAGAAGAGGGGCGGCGAAGCGAAAAUGGGGGAGGAUUUGAAGAAGAGACCGGGAAUGGUAGAUGAUGAUAGGGCAAGUAAAGUAGCGAGGAAGUUAGAUUUCUCUUCGAUGAGGUAG